GCGCAGUUCCAGAUGGUCUCAGACGCUCUGCAGGACCAGCUCUCGACAAGAAGGUCCGAGGCCAUGCAAGACACCCUGUCCUCUCUCCUUGACCUUCGUGACCUUGCCUCCCAGGUCAACGCCGAGGCUGAACCUGUAGUGAUGACCUCAGAGCCGGAAUACUACGGCCAGCUGGGCAAAAUGUUGGCCAAAGGGUUCUGGGAAGUACCUCUGGACACGCGCUACGUCAACACCUCCGCUCAGCGAGAUAUUUUAGAUCCACUUUCACGUCGUGUUCUGGACGAGACGGAGCAGCUGCUGGAGUUUCAGUCCGACAAGUGCCUAGCUGAAGAGUUCGGCACCUCCUGUCGGCAAGCAGGCGAAGGGAGUGCCGAGGAGUGCGGGCAGUGCAGCAUCAGCGAGGAGUGCUGGAGUAGGAUGACCAGGCCUGGCUACUCGGGCUACUCCCUUACCCACCAGGCCUUCUACAUUAUCAUUGGCAUGCAGACCGGUUGCGGAGAGCAGGUACAUCUACUGACGAGGCGGACGACAGACGGAGGCAGCGUGCGAGGACUCCUGGACCGUAUCUGUGCCGACGUGCUGACGGAGGCGCAGGUUAUAGCGGAGGCCAGCUUUCCUCAGAACCGACGCGACCUGUUCAUGGAGCAAGGCGCUCUGUGCGGGAUCGCCGGCUACAGAGACUUCUUCAGGAGGAGCUGGCUGGAGGAGGUGUUGUCGUGGCAGCGAGAGCCAGGCUGCUUCGGGGAUUCUGACGUGUACACACAGCGUCACUCUUUGCCUACGCCUUCCCCGCUCCACGCCAGGGUGCGUCGCGAAGAGAAAGCAAUGUCAAGCCGCUGCCUCGCUCACCAAUCCGCUGUCGCCCUCGGUUACCUCAGUCUCUGCGUCCGUUUCCUCGUUUCCGCAAACUUUCUGUAGGAGGCGAGAGGACACCGAGCCGACCAGCCUUCGAAGUCCUAUCGUACGUCGUAUGAGAAGAUACAAAGUCUUAUUUGAAGUGUUAUUGUAGACAGUGUAUCGUGCAUUGGUUCAUGUCUCCCAGUUCCCCCGUGCGCCAAAAGAGCAUAAUUUUGUU